AAAAGCUGAUCAAUUCAUCUUUACAUGGAGCGAUCAAGCUUUCGGAACCAAACGGAAGUAAAAAAUGAUUGGAUAUGAGCCACCGGCGGAUGAUUUACCGGGACCUGCAAGUCUAUCAAAGUGAGAAGCUAGACUUUCGAUGGCCUUUUGUUGCAUGAAAUCUGGAGACGAAGCCUCACAGGCUUCGGGCGGAGGCCCCGCAGUGUGCAGAGGUGGGGCAUGCUCCGCUACAUGCAUGUCGAUUCGACACUCAAACAAACGAACAAGAGGCCCUAGAAGUUGAUGAUGCUACUCAGCAGACGAGAUGGUGUAAAAUGAGCUUUGUUGAUGCUCGUACCAAUUUCGUUGGGUCCAGGGCUAUCAGAUGCUCACACGAUGCCCUCGGACUACCAAUCGGCAAAUGGCUUGUCCCAACUUUCAGGCUCGUAAAAUUCGACUGUAUGUGAAUUCGCUGCAGAUUUCAAACUACAGGGUCCGAGGUAAAUUCGGUAUACCAUGGGCCAUGCGUCGUAAUGACACGAGGAAGCGCUAAGGAAUUCGAUUGGGGUAGCUACGAGGGAGAUCUCGAGCUCAGAAGGAGACUCUGACGCUGAGCUAUGGUUGGGCGUGGGAGGGAGGAAACUCUAGCAAGUCUCGAAUGUCGAAUCCAAAUACCGCUCUGUAGACGCAGCAGGCGUAUCGCUGAAUGGACCCUCUCGUUCAACCGACCCACGUGCCCGAAGCGUAGGAUGCGCUACAAUUCCGUAGUGUCGGAUUAUCACGGGUGUCUGCUGAAUCCCCACCUCCCACGCCGGUCCGGCUCAGUCCAGUCUGCAGUGCUCCGCCGUCUGCCCUGUCUGAGGACUACUGUUGGGGUACCGAACGAAGCUCGGGCCAUUGAUGGGUCAGGCGGUGAGUCAGACACUCAUACUAUAGCAUGGAUUCUCUGUGCCCGCUCAUCCCGUACUCGUAUGAGGCGACGGGACGAGUCGAUGGGUGACAUACUUCCCUUCCGGGGCGUUCCUUCAUGUGCAGGCAGAAGUUGGAAGAUGGAAGAUUUUCUCGAGGCUGACCGGCCGGUUUUAUUCCUCCUGCACUGUUCAGUUCAUUCUAUCAUCGUACUGGAUGAGGAAGGCAACUUGAGAUCAGGCGGCACUAGAACCACUCUGCAAAUUCUUGUGAUCUGCUUGCUCCUCUGAGAAGGCUCGUCUCGGGCAGAGGCGAAUUGUUUGUUUCAAACUCGAGAGGGAAAGGACAACGCUGCGUUGUUUCCAUUCCCACUGGCCGGCCAUCUGGCUGCGCGAAAUGCUCACUGUUCGAAUCUACCGAGGCACAUAAAAGCAUGACCUGUUGUUCGACGAACUGGUCUAACUCCAUAUCGAGAACUGAGAAAUUGUCUGCACCAUCCACACCUCCACCACCACCGCCACUUCGGCAAACUAGUAUCCCGUGCUAGCCGGGUCUUAUUAUAGCGCACCCCCUAAUAAAGCAGGGGAAAAUCCAGGCGGCAUCGGGCUUCCAUCGGCCACACUUCUCUCAUUCGGACGAGGAGAAUUUCGCAAGGUCGAGGUGUGGGUUCAUGCUCCAAAGACACUAUUUCCAACUGUCCCGUUCAUUCCAUCACACCCCAAAAAAUGCCACUUGUGAAUUCACAAGUAUAGAACGAGGGGGGAUUUUACUCCCAUCCCAUUCACUGCUGUCUGCUGUCUUGUUCGCCCCCAACAGACUCUUCCGUCUCGUAGACUGUUCUCGCUGUGAGAGUUUCCCUCCACGAUAUAUAUUAUGGACGACGGGACUAACCGAGACAUGGUGGAAGAAGUCUGCGCUAAAGAUAUCCUUCGUCUUCAAUCAGAAUAUUUGACACCAAGUGUGAUUUUUAGGUGACAUCACGGAGGGAUAAAUCAUAGAAUUUUAUCGCCACAUAAAUCAUAUUCAUAUAUAGGUCGAGGUGUGGGUUCAUGAGUAUUUUGUCGCCAUUACCAUUACCCUUGCCUUACUAGUCAGUCUUAUUUACGUCACAGAGAUUUGAGAGCUGGAGAAGCUUUUAGACAGAUUUCGGAGCUCCAAAGCUUCACUGAUUUAGCUCGCCAAAGCCCCGUUAUGCAGAUAAUGAAGAUGGAACGUCCCCGCCUCGAAGUGGUUGGAUAAAAGGAAGGAGUGCAGGACUGCCCUCUUUAUUGGAUUUAACAGUUCGAAUAAGACUUUGAGUCAAAGUCUUAUUGGCUCAUCAACUCAUCUUAGGGACACGAGAAGACAAUGGGAGGGAACUGCUGUCAUGUGUAAUUGGUGUUGGCAGUAACCCCUCCGACUUUAGCUUCUCAAGCAUGUCUGAAACCCAGACUUACUUUCCAGGUUAGUCUGGUGCUUUGACUACGUCUGUCAAAAUACCAAUCUUACUCGAGGUAGACCGUAGAAGCGAAUUUUCCGAACGGCCGAUGGAUGUUAAACAUCCCGUUACCGCAACCGA